UACUGUGAGCGGACGAAUAAAUCGGUAUCAAUCGCGGAAUUUGAGUGUCGUAAGCUAAUCUGUAUAAAUUACAGGAAACCGAAAUAAUUGUUAAUCCGGGGUGAACUCUACAAUUUGGCGCAGCCGGUGCGAUAUAAGGAUGGAUUCUGAAUGGGAGGAAUGGCACCGCUCCUGUGAAAUAGUUUUGGAACUAAAGAAGAUCGAAUCUCAGCACGAAAAGCUUCUUUUUCUGCUAGCCCGAGGAGGCAGGGGCCUACAAAGAAUUUACCACCACCUCGCAUCCGUGGAGGGAGAAAAGUAUCCAGAACCGGUCAAAGUUCCGUUUGCUCCUCAAGAAGUUCCCGAGUAUGACAAUGCUAUCAAGCGCCUCAACGCCUUUUUCGUUGGAAAACGUAAUGAAAGAGUGGAGCUGAAGGUUUUCCGUUCUCUCCGCCAGGCCGCUGGGGAGACAUUCAAUCGAUACAUGCUGAGAUUGCGUACGCAAGCCGCUUGCUGCAAUUUUGGUGAACGUGAGGAGAAAGAAUUACUACAACAAAUAACUGUCGGUGCAAUGGAUGAGAGGGUGCGCGAUAAAGGCCUCGAAAGUACUUUGAAUCUGGAUGAGCUCGUGAACUAUGCCAUUAACCGCGAGGUUUUACUGAAGCAGAAGGAAAAAAUGUAACCAUUUGAAUCCGAAAACGGAGCGGUAGCAGUGGUCAAACAGGAAUGUAAAACAAAGGUAAUGCCAAGGAGUGGACGGUUUACUCAGCCGAUUCAGCGCGAAAAUCGGAACACUGCAUUGCACGAAAUGCUAGGUGCAACAACUGUGGCGCUGUAGGUCACUUUGCAAGGAAGUGUACAGCUAACCGGAACAAGUCGUCUAAAGCUCGAUACUCAUGGAAGAGAGCGGAAGCUAAUGCUUUGCGAGAAGAAAAUGUCCAAAGCGCAGGAUCUGGAUAUCCACUACGACGCGACGAACAUAAGACUUUAGAGGUAGAAUGAGUUUUUUUUAUUUCUUACAUUUUUACUA